AUUUCCUAAAGUAACAUAUUUAUAAUUAAUCUAUUAUUCGACUAAAAAUAUAACAUUUUUAAAUCGAGUUUGCGGUCACUCUAAGCUGCCUUCAACACACGCAUAUUCAAAUUUAAACGCUUCUUUUUAAUUAACAAAAACACACCCGAGAAUGGAUGUUUAUACAUACGAAAAGUCAUAUCUUGAACGCCUUAAGGAAGCAGAAGCUGUUUUAUUAUGGGAAAAUGCCGCCAUUCCCGCAUCCCAAGUACGCUUAGAAUGGAUAUCCUACAUCGAGCUGUAUAUCGAGCCUACAGGUUGGCAGGCGAUGUGGAAAAUACCGCGCGUCAUCUGCGAGGACUUAAAACUACGCUAUCCAACCAUAGUAUUUGGUUAUGUGGAUCAGGUGAUAUCUGACGAGCUCAAAGCGGUGUUUGUUGUGACUGCGGUGCAGGACCAAGACGUACACUUGCCGGAGAGCAACGAGGUGUCGCUAAUUGAUCUGUGGCCAACUAGACAGCAGGAAAAUGCUGCCUUGAAUGUGGAAACUACAGCAGAAUGCAUUGAUCGCUUGCGUUUCUUUUAUGCGCACGUGUGGAUGCCCUGGGAUAAGGAUAAUGAUGACGAUCGAGAUUGGGUGCAAAUGCAUUUGGAGGCCCGCAUUCAGCUGGCCUGUGAUCUCCGCAAGAAUCGACUUUCGCGUCCACUGGCGCUCCAUAUGCGCACUCUAUUGAUGGAAGCGCGUUACAUUCAGCAGCGGUUAGAGUACUUAGAACUGGAUCUGAGUGAUGCGGAGGACGAGGAGAGUGACGAUGAGGCUGUUGAGCUGAACGACAAUGGAGCAGAUCCGCCGCGCAAACAGCCCAAGACUGGCGGCAGCCCUAAAGCGAAUAAUUUAAACAAAUCCCUGUUACCUGUAACGGAUCUGAUGUGCCUCCAUUUGAGGUUGGCCAUUAUACGAAGCGAGUUUGAAAUCCUGGAGAAUCCGGAGAUGCGUCGUGCCUACAGCGAGAUGCAGAGUAAUGUCUUAAAGCGUCACCUGUUGCAGCGCAAUCGCAACAGCAUUGGUCCUUUGAUGCAGCAAGUUGAGCGCAAACCAAUGUGUCACUUGGUAACGGUGCCGAAAGAGCUGCAAACUCAGAUUGAGUUGCUGACGAUGGCGAAAAAGCUGGUGCCAGCACAACAGCAAGUCCAGCUGGGCAAUAGCUUGCAAGACGUGCUUAGUAUCUCGCAGACAAACGAUGAUAUUCUACUGUCGCCUGGUGAACACACAAUCAAGUUUCUGGAGCACCUUAACGACAAUGGCAGCAUCAAAGGACUUAUCGCUGCAGAGGCGAUCAUUGCUUCGAACCCAGAGUUGGCCAAGUUGCCAGUGGUUUGCUCAAGUGAUGAGGACAGCACAUUAAUGGUCAUCAACGGAGACUACACAUUAUCAAACUUGGUGCUGGACUGCCGACAUGUUCGUCGUGGAAUUUUGCUUCGGUUUGGAACGUUGACAAUUCGCAGUUGUCGCAUAUUGGGCGAUGGAAGCUCCAGCACCCAAGAGGCCAUUGUAUGCAUGCCACAAGCGAAACUUAAGUUAGAAAAUUGUGUGGUCGAGAACUUUGCUGUUGGAAUUUCAUUACGUUCGGAGACUAGCGCUGAUCUGAGCAAGAUGACGAUUAGAAAGUGUAAAACAGGCUUGGAAUUGCUAGACCAAACUUCUAAGUUAAUAUUACGGGACAACAAUUGCAUUUUCGAUACUUGCAAACUGGGCAUACUGGCGGAUGGAAUUGCUUUGCCCAAUAGCACAGAGAAGACCAUUGCUCUAAAGCAUUUCAGCGAGUUACAACGCUACAACGAAGAGAACUGGCUUGGUAAUUGCAUGUUUAUUAACUGCCUGCGCAAUGUACGAGUUUACAAUCAAUCUGAGCAACUGCUAGCCAAACGCACACAUCAAAAUCUCCUUUUGGAGGAUAUGGAUGGGGAAAAUAAAGAAAAUAUCAAUUAGUUUUAUUAACUGCAAUAUAAGCAUUAAAAAUAAAAAUACAAAUAAUUAAA